CAAAGAAAAGCCACUGGAUGAGACGGGGUCUGAACUUUUGACCGGUACUGUAAAUGUAGGGAAAGAGCUGGAUGCAGCUAGUGAGUCGAGGGCGGUCGACUGCUGAUGUCUUGGUAUAAACAAUGUGUUGACGUCCACAGACGGAGGAAGAUAAGUCAUGGCUUUGAGGAGCAGCAGCUGUCCCGCUGUGCUCGGUGUCCGGACGUCCUGAAGGACCCAGUCUCUACCAGCUGUGGACACUGGUUCUGCAGACAGUGUUUGACCUCAUACUGGGACCAGUCUGGCUCAUCAGGAUGCUCCUCCUGUCCCCAGUGUGGAGACGGAUCCAGAACAACCGGUGGUGGUCUGCAGGAGGUGCUGGAUGAACAUAAGAUCAGUCUGAGGAGCAGAUGUGAACGUGUGACUGAAGGAACUGAUGGAACAGGAAGUGAAACCCUCCUCAACAGGAUCUACACUGAGCUCUACAUCACAGAGGGACACAGUGAAGAGGUCAAUACCCAACAUGAGGUGAGGCAGCUUGAGACCACUUCCAAGAAGAAGACCCUCCAGGACACUCCAAUCAAGUGCCAUCAGAUCUUUAAAGCGUUUCCCAACCAACAGAGACGCAUCAGAACGGUUCUGACGAGCGGCGUCGCCGGUGUUGGAAAAACCUUCUCGGUGCAGAAGUUCACUCUGGACUGGGCAGAGGGCUUGGAAAACCAAGAUGUCAGCCUGCUGGUUCUGCUCUCGUUCAGGGAGCUGAACCUGAUCAGACAUGAGCAGCACAGUCUUCUCACGCUGCUCCAUGUUUUCCAUCCAACCUUACAGAAGGUCACAGCAGAGGAGCUGGCUGUCUGUAAAGCUCUGUUCAUCUUUGAUGGCCUGGAUGAAAGCAGACUUUCACUGGAUUUCAGCAGCAGGGAGGUUGUGUCCGACGUCACCCAGAAGUCCUCGGUCAGUAUGCUGGUGACAAACCUCAUCCAGGGGAACCUGCUUCCCUCAGCUCUGGUCUGGAUCACUUCCCAACCCGCAGCAGCCAAUCAGAUCCCUCCGACAUGUGUCGACAGGGUGACAGAAUUACAAGGCUUCACUGAUGCCCAGAAAGAUGAAUACUUCAGGAGGAGGACCGGUAAUGAAGAGCUGUCCAGCAGGAUCAUCUCCCACAUCAAGGCCUCCAGGAGCCUCCACAUCAUGUGUCAAGUCCCCGUCUUCUGCUGGAUCACUGCUACAGUUCUGGAACACAUGUUGACUACAGAGCAGAGAGGAGAGCUGCCCAAAACCCUGACUGACCUGUACUCACACUUCCUGCUGGUUCAGACCAAGAGGAAGAAACACAAGUAUGGUGAGGGACACGGGACAAGUCCACAGGAGCUUAUGGGGGCUGACAUGGACGUUCUUCUGAAGCUGGGGAGACUGGCGUUUGAACAUCUGGAGACAGGAGACAUCAUGUUCUACCAAGAAGACCUGGAGCGGUGUGGUCUGGAUGUCUCAGAGGCCUCGGUGUACUCAGGACUUUGUACAGAGAUCUUCAAAAGAGAGCGGGUGAUCUUCCAGAAAUCAGUCUACUGCUUUGUUCAUCUGAGCAUUCAGGAGUUUCUGGCUGCGGUCUACAUGGUCCACUGUUACACCAUCAGGAACACAGAGGUACUGAGGAAGUUUCUGGAAGUUCAUAUAGAUGAUGGUCUGUUCACUCUACAUGACUUUCCGACUUCCAGAGCUAUGAAGAAAUCCCUGGAUUUCUCAUCUCUGGAUGUCGUCUUGGAGAGAGCUAUGAAGAAAUCUCUGAGAAGUAAAAAUGGCCACCUGGACCUGUUUGUCCGCUUCCUUCAUGGCCUCUGUCUGGAGGCCAACCAGAAACUCUUAGGAGGCCUGCUGGGUCAGACAGAGAACAGUCCAGAAACCAUCCAGAGAGCCAUCAACAACCUGAAGAGGAUGAACAGCGAUAAAACUUCUCCUGACAGAAGCAUCAACAUUUUCCAUUGUUUGAUGGAGCUGAAAGACCACUCAGUCCAUCAGGAGAUCCAAGAUUUCCUGAAGUCAGAGACCAGGUCAAAGAAUGAACUCUCUGUGUUCCACUGCUCAGCUCUGGCCUAUAUGCUGCAGAUGUCAGAGGAGGUUCUGGAUGAGUUGGACUUGAAUAAGUACAGGACAUCAGAGGAGGGACGACAGAGACUGGUCACAGCUGUGAGGAACUGCAGAAAGGCUCGACUUUCUGGCAUUGGACUAUCAAAGACUCACUGUGAAGUCGUGGCCUCAGCUCUGAAGUCCAGCCCCUCCCAUCUGAGACAACUGGACCUGAGUGGAAACCACCCAAAGGACUCAGGAGUGAAGCAACUGUGUGCUGGACUGGAGAGUCCACACUGUCAACUGGAGACUCUGAGACUGGGGUGGUGCAGGUUGUCAGAGACCAGCUGUGCUUCUCUGGCCUCAGCUCUGAAGUCCAACCCCUCCCAUCUGAGAGAGCUGGACCUGAACUGGAACAAGCUGCAGGAUCCAGGACUGAAGCAGCUGUGUGGUUUUCUGGAGAGUCCAGACUGUCGACUGGAGACUCUGAGACUGAAGGGCUGCAGGUUGUCAGAGACCAGCUGUGCUUCUCUGGCCUCUUCUCUGAAGUCCAAGCCCUCCCAUCUGAGAGAACUAGACCUGGGCUUGAACAACAACCUGCAGGAUCCAGGAGUGAAGCAGCUGUGUGGUUUUCUGGAGAGUCCAGACUGUCGACUGGAGACUCUGAGGUUUGGUGACUACAUCCAUGCCAGGGAGGUUAAAUCUUCCACAGACAAAUCAUUGAGUGUCCAGUGUGCUGCUGAAAAAGAUCCUCCAACAAGCUUCACACCUGAACUGCAAACUGAAUCUGCACAAGUUACAUACAGGUUCAGGUGUCCUGGUCCAGGUGUGUUCCAGUGUACUUGGACAGGACUGACAUUUCUUAUGACUCGGGAGGCGGAGCUCCUGUAUGAAACUAUCCAAUGGGAUGAGAGCCUUCUCCAACCAGCUGGCAAGAUGGCUGCAGGGCCACUGUACAGUAUCAAGUGUCUUGAGGAUGCUGUCUGUCAGCUCCACCUCCCACACUGUGAAACAAGGGAUGCUCUGCCCUCUGAAGACCAGCUGUCUGUCGUCCACAUCACUGAUGACGGCAUGGACAUUCUCAAGACACUGGAGAUCACAUACACUCAUGUGAUCGUCAAAAUCCCUAAUCUCUCUGCCUUUGGUCUGGUCUGGGAUGUUGUCAACAGGUUUUGGAACAACACAAACCCAGUUUCUUGCCAAAUUUUGCUGUUCCUCAAACCACCAAACCAAAGAAGACAGAAGCAAAAGCUUAACAUGUUGCUCCUGCCGAGCAACAUCUCCCUGGAAGAGGUAAAAAAAAAGCACAUAGAGUCUAAGUACAUCGAGGUCCCUCCUAUAUGUGACCUCAUCAAAGGCCAAGAUUAUGUUGUCAAGUGUCCACCAGCAUGUCAAAUACAGCCUGAGAAAGAAAAAUUCAAACCUCAGUUUGGGCCAAAUUACCACCCAACAUUUGAGAUCCACCUGCCUAUGAACACAGAAGAAAUGACUAUAACAGUACAAGACCAAAUGGCUACUGAAGUCUGGACGCGCCACGUUGAUCUGACUGACGCUGGUGAGUUCAGUACUUUUAAUGAACCUUUGCCGCGGGUGUCGGGGCAUGCAGAUCCUGGUCCAAGUAAUGACUGUCUACAGAGGCUUCAGAGUCGGUCACCAGAGAGAAGGCUGUUCUCUGUUCGGGCCAAGUUUACUAAAAACGUGUCUGAACAAAUUCUAAACCAGCUGCUGGAUCAUCUUUUGCAGGAGGGCUUUAUAUGCCAAGAAGAAAUGGAGUCGGCUAGAGCAAAAACCAGGGCUGACAGGGCUCGAACUGUGAUCGACUGGGUACGUAUGAGAGGGCCACAAGCCAGUUCAUUCCUGAUUGCCCAAGUGCGGGAGUUGGAUCCAUGCCUUUCCAGCACCCUGAAAUUGGAACGUGUUUAGCUGUAAUGAUGGCAUGUGAGUCCUAAAUGGAGACAAUCUUAUGUGAAAUCAUUUCAAAACCUCGUCUGACAUUGUGCAGAAACAGAAACUUGAUUUUCCCGACUAUACAACCAGCAUUGUUAGAGCGAGAGUUGCCUUCACAGAUGAAUGAAAAACACUUCACAUAGUGUGUAGUGUCAUGUGGGUGAUCAAGGGGGAUAAAAGAUUAGAGUAAGUCUUGUUCUCAUGCUUGUAGUUAGAUUUGGAUAAGGUCAUUUCAGUCAUAAUUGCUGUAUUUGAUUUAUUUUACUUACUAUAUUUUUACUUAAUUUACUUCAUUUUUUAAUUUGUUAUCUGAUAUUUCUUUUGGGUUUAAUCUUUAUUACCUUACUUCAAUUUUUUCAUCAGUAGUUUUUAUACUUGCUCAGUAUUACUGUGAAUAAGGCUGACAGAGUCGCCUGUUAUGUGUAAGACUGACCAUAAGAUGACCCUAGCAGCCUGGAGUAAAGUGAGAGAGUUCAUCAGUCUGUUAUGUGGCUGGCUGCCCAGAGUUGUGGCCCAGACUGGAAGGUGGCACGGGGACACCUGUUGUGACUCAGAGAGGGAGAGAUAAAAUAGCCUUUAAUGUCAUUGUCAAAAUUAUUCAUUUGUUUAUGUGUCUGACAACAAACAGUACACAGAUGUAGACACCUCCUUGUUAUGGAAGCAUCAUAUUAAUGAAGUCUAGAUGCCAUCCUCUGAUAAGUUAAUGUGUUUCUCUAUCACCUGUUGAUGAGGUGGACAUAUGUGUAUCACAAAGUUAUAUGUUACCUGUAACUAAUUGUGUUUGUGACAUGUUUAUAGUGUUUGGAGGUAUCACUACUCAGGGACGUGUCAUAAAGAUAUUGUGUGCUCAUUCUUCGUGUCAGUCAUCAUGUGAUAUGCAGCCUUAUGUCACUUGCAGGUCCAUUAAAUUUAUUUCUGGUGUUUGUAUAAUGUCUGAAGGGGUGACAAGUCUGACCUCUAUAGGAGCAAAUACAGUGAUGUCUAUGGUGUGUGAUGUCAAGGAGAGAAUGGUGGGAUAGACUGUGGUCAGACUGGAGGUGCCUGUAGAGACUAUAAAAGAUGCUGGAAAAGCUCUGUAAACUGUUCUGCUUCACGAACCAGAAACAGAGAUAUUGCUGUUUGGAACCUUUUGCAAUAA